AGUGUUGACACAAAUAAAUUAGUGACAUUAGGAAAUGCAAUUUAACAAAAAUAAUAAAUAUGCUUGAAAAAGAUUUACAAAACUCUAAAUUUUAUUAACUACCUAAUAGCUUAACUAAAAUAAAGUUUAGUUUAAUUCAACAUGCAGGUAGAAAUUAAACCGGAAUUAAAUAGUGAGUCAAUAACUAUAAAAGAUGAACCUGAAGAAGUUAUACCAUCAAACUCCUGCAUUAAACAGGAAAAUGAUGUUAAUAUGGAUAUAGAUUUUACACCAAUAAUAAAAGAAGAACAAAAUGAGAUACUCAAUAGCGAAUCCCAGUUAAAAACGGAAGUCAAAUCAGAACCCCUAGAUAUUAGCGUAAAAGAAGACAACUCUUCCUUUGAAGAUGAUAAUUUAAUUGUUUCUUCCGAUGAACUUAAAGGCAUAAAUAAUGAUAUGACUGUUAUUGUAAAUGAAACGACUACAUACAAAUGUCAACUAUGUGAUACAAUUUUCGUAAAAUAUGAAGAAUUUAAAGUUCACAGAAAAAAUCAUUACAUUGAGAAAAGAAGAUGUCAUAUAUGCAACAAAGUACUGAAGAGCCUUUCAUUAUUAGAAGAACAUGUAAAUAAACAUCUUGGUUUUAAACCUUACAAAUGUGACGAGUGUGAAAAAUAUUUUUUAUCAAAAAAUCAUCUCAGUUUACACAAAAGAUGCCACAAUAAGGACGAAAUCUACAAAUGCAAUCAAUGUGACAAGCAUUUUAAAAGUAGUGGUUCUCUUCGAAGCCAUCGCUUGGUUCAUUCUGAAAAAGUUAUUGAUGACUUAAAAUGUAAGGUUUGUGGUUAUAAAUCUCAAAAAGAAGCGGAACAUAAAGAACACAUGUCUGAGCAUGCUACAAAAGAGGAGAUUAAAUGCGGCUUGUGCAAUAAACCUUUUAAAACGGAGCGUGGAUUAGAAAGUCAUUUGAGUACUCACAAAGAGCUGCAGUUCCCUUGUGAAUACUGCGGAAAGAUUUAUCCAUCAAUGUACAGGAUCAAGAGGCAUAUUAAAAGGGCGCAUGUUCCUAAUACAUGUACACAAUGUAAAGAGGUGUUUUAUGAUAGAUUCCUAUUUAAUAAACACUGUAAACAGCACAAUGAGCAAAAGACAUUUGAAUGUGAAUACUGUCAAAAAGUUUUUGAUAAAGCCAAAAAUCUCGCCGAGCAUAUUAGACUUCAGCACAAGCAAGACGGAGAAAAGAAGAAAUGUCACAUUUGUGGAAAGGAGUUUAUAAAUAAUUCUUUACUUAGGAACCACGUUAAAACUCACGACAAAUGUUUCAAAUGCACUUUUUGUGACAAAGUAUUUUCUUCCAGAUAUAAUCUAGAAACUCAUAACGUCACACAUUCAGGCGCAAAAAAUUUUAAAUGCGACAUUUGCCAAAACCACUUUGCCAGUAAAACUAGUCUCAAGAAUCACCUUGCUACACAUUCCGAAGAAAGAAGAUACCAGUGUGAAAUUUGCGCCAAAACGUUCAAAACGACACGUAGACUUUAUACACACAGUUUGAGUCAUACAACUGGAGAAAAUCACGAAUGUCAUAUAUGUCUUCAAAAGUUUAAGCUCAAGCAGUAUCUGAAAGCUCACAUGUACAGGCAUUCCAACGUCAAACCAUUUCAAUGUGAUAUAUGCAAGAAACGUUUCAAACAUAAAAAAACCAAAGAAAAACACAUGAAAAUGGGCAAACACCAAAAAAUCACGGAAGAAGAACACGAUUGCGAUUUUUGCGACGAAUCGUUUAAGACGAGGGAGUUACUUCUCGAUCACUUCGCCGAAAUACAUCACCAAGAAAAUAUUAUGAAUGAAUACGAUGACGAAGAGUCGAAGAAUGAAGAUAUGAAUAUUAGCAGUGAAAAAGAGAGCGAGGUUGUUGAUAAAAGUAUUGCUAGUGAUAGUGAAAAUUCCAAUCUAGUCGAGGCUGUACAGUAGAUUUUGCUUAGAGUAUUGAGUAGGGUUAGGUAACAUAGUGAAUUUUGUAUUUUAUGAAUUUAUUUGUUCAUUCCUAAUCCAUUUUUGAUGCUUGUUUUUGUAAGUUUAGGCGGCUUAUACUCGGAUAUUUUCGUGAAGUGAGAUGCCCCUUGGUCGGGUAUUAAGCGGGUACUCACUCAUUACAACCUACCUAAAUCAUCACAUGUAAAUUAUGCUCCAUUAAUUAGUAAUGUAAAAAGUGAUAAAUAUGUACAGCAAACGCCACGUUUUAUAAACCCAUUUUAGUGUUGCUUGUUUAAUUAAAUUGUUAAAUAAGAUAUGGUUUGUAACAAUAUUAUUUGCUUAUAUAAAAAAUUUGAGUGAUUAUAAAGGAAAAAUUGUGAUACCGGC